GGCGCGGGCGCGGGACCCAGUACUAUGGCUGUGUACUGCUAUGCGCUCAACAGCCUGGUGGUCAUGAAUAGCGCCAACCAGGUGCGGAGCGGCGCCCCCCGGCCCGGCAGCAGCGACACUCCCCCGCCGCCGGGGAGCGCCACCCUGAGCCCCGGCAGCGUGUUCAGCCCCGGGAGAGACGCCUCUUUCCUCUUCCCCCCGACCGAGUCGUCGUCGCCCGAGGAGCCGGGGAGCCCCAGGGGCUGGCGGAGCGGCCGGCGCCGGCUGAACAGCAGCAGCGGCGGCAGCGGCAGCAGCGGCGUGAGCAGCCCGAGUUGGGCGGGCCGCCUGCGAGGGGAGGGGCAGCCCGGAGCGGCCGCCGGCCCCCUGUGCCCCCCAGGCCCGGAGGAGGCCCAGAGGAAGCUGCGCAUCCUGCAGCGCGAGUUGCAGAACGUGCAGGUGAACCAGAAAGUGGGCAUGUUCGAGGCGCACAUCCAGGCGCAGAGCUCCGCCAUGCCGGCGCCCCGCAGCCCGCGCCUGGGCAGGGCGCGUUCGCCCUCCCCGAGCCCCUUCCGCAGCAGCAGCCAGCCCCCCGGAAGGGCCCUGGCGCCGAGCGAGGAACGGAGGACCAAGUCCUGGGGGGAGCAAUGUCUAGAGACCUCGGAGGCCGACUCCGCGGGGAGCGCCAGCCUCUCCAAGGCCAAGGAGGGAGUGGCACCUCUUCCCGGCCCGGCCUCCCCGUCGGGCUCGGGGGCUCAGGGCCCAGCCCCGUCGGUGAGAAUGGAGAAGGGGGUCCCUGCCCGACCCCACUGUGGCUCACCCGCAGCUGUGGACAUGGACAAGAGGGUCUCCCCUCUGGACGCUCGGGGCUGCCCAGCUCCCGCGUUGGGCUUGGUCGGAGCGAACUCCGUGAUGGCGACAGAAGUGGCAGCGAGAGCUGCACCCACUGGGCCACACCACCCGCAGGACCCUGCCCUCACGGCGCUGCCGGAGAGGCCCCGGGGUGUGCAUCCCCCGUCGCACCCCGCCGCCCCGGUGGAGGGUAAGGGGCUGGCGCUGGGCAGGGAGAGGAGCCCAGUCCCAGAGCGGGGCGGCCCCCGCGGCGGAGAGCCCCCGGGGAAGGCGGGGGAAAGAAGUCUGCCCCGUGGCCAGCCGGGCUCCGGGGAUCCCGAAGCGGGCGACAGGCCAGAGGAGAGGACUGUGGACGCGCAAAGCGCAGGGGACGGGAGCUUGGCAGGGCCCCGGGUGACCCAGAGUGGGGCCCCAGCGGCCCGGGAGCCUCCGCAGUGCCCCGACCGAGUGGAUGAAGGGUCUCCGACGCUGGGCUUGCGCGGGGGCAGCCGCUCUGCACAGCCGGGCGCGGGGGAGGCGGAGGCGGGAAUUCCCGCUGGCGGAACGCUGGAACCUUUGCCCUGUUGGGAAGCAGCAAAAGAUGUGAAAGAACCUCAGUGCCUCCCUGAGGACGGGGUGGGCGUGCAGCCCGGGAGCUCCAGGGCUUGGCUGGACCCCAUGGAGGACGCCCGCCUGGCCUGGACGUGCGGCCUGGGGGUACCAGCCCAGGGGACUUGGGGAAGCCCCCCGAAAGACAGAGCCACCCACUCCAGCCCAGAGCCGCUCUCCCCAGAGCAGAAGGACAAGCCUUUGCCGAGGGAGGCCUGCGGCCCCAGCAAUAUCCCUGCCGUCAUCAUCACAGACAUGGGUGCCCAGGAGGAUGGGGUCCUGGAGGAGGCGCAGGGCAGCCCGCUGGGCAUCCUGCCCCUGAGGAAACUGUCCUCCUCCUCUGCCUCCUCCGCCGGCUUCUCCUCCUCCUAUGAGGACUCCGAGGAGGACAUCUCCAGCGACCCUGAGCGCUGCCUGGACCCCAGCGCCGCCUUCCUGCACACCCUGGACCAGCAGAAGCCCAGAGUGAGCAAAUCAUGGAGGAAGAUAAAGAACAUGGUGCAUUGGUCCCCCUUCGUCAUGUCCUUCAAGAAGAAGUACCCCUGGAUCCAGCUGGCGGGACACGCAGGGAGUUUCAAGGCGGCCGCCAACGGCCGGAUCCUGAAGAAGCACUGUGAGUCGGAGCAGCGCUGCCUGGACCGGCUGAUGGCCGACGUGCUGAAGCCCUACGUGCCGGCCUACCACGGGGACGUGGUGAAGGACGGGGAGCGCUACAACCAGAUGGACGACCUGCUGGCCGACUUCGACUCGCCGUGCGUGAUGGACUGCAAGAUGGGCGUCAGGACCUACCUGGAGGAGGAGCUCACCAAGGCCCGGAAGAAGCCCAGCCUCCGCAAGGACAUGUACCAGAAGAUGGUCGAGGUGGACCCCGAGGCCCCGACCGCCGAGGAGCACGCCCAGCGCGCCGUGACCAAGCCCCGGUACAUGCAGUGGAGGGAGACCAUCAGCUCCACGGCCACCCUGGGCUUCAGGAUCGAAGGCAUCAAGAAAGAAGACGGCUCUGUGAACCGGGACUUCAAGAAGACCAAGACGCGGGAGCAGGUCACCGAGGCCUUCAGGGAGUUCACGAAGGGGAACCCUAACGUCCUGACCGCCUACCGGGACCGGCUGAAGGACAUCCGGGCCACCCUGGAGGUGUCCCCUUUCUUCAGGGGCCACGAGGUCAUCGGCAGCUCGCUCCUCUUCAUUCACGACAAGAAGGAACAGGCCAAGGUGUGGAUGAUCGACUUCGGGAAGACCACGCCCCUGCCCGAGGGCCAGACCCUGCGGCACGACGUGCCCUGGCAGGAGGGCAACCGCGAGGACGGCUACCUCUCGGGCCUCAACAACCUCAUCGACAUCCUGACCGAGAUGUGCCCGGGCCCCAGCGCCCCCGUGGCCUGAGGCCGCCCGGCCGCCUCCCCCGCUCCUGGCCGCCUCCUCCCCCUCCUCCCGGCUCCUCCUGAGUUUCCUCUCACGUCCACUGGGUGCCCGCCAGACCGACCCUCCCACCUGCACUACAGGACACUUUGUAGAAGAGGGGACGAAGCUUUCUCGUUCUUUUCCUAACUGCGGGGCUUUGGCCUGGGCCCCCCGUUUCUCUCCGUGAGCAGGAUCUCCUUCUAGAAGAGCAGUGCCCGCGCCAGGCCCCGCUGCCCGCUGCCCGCAGGGAGGUCAGCUGGGCUUCCAUCUCGCUGGAGGCUCAGGGCGGGCGACCUGUGGGCGCUUGCUGCCCCCUGGUGGCCAGUGCCAUUCGUGCCGCUGCUCAGCCUAGCCCGUCUCUGCCCCGUCCUCCCGGCCCCGCAGGGGCUGUCAGAGCCCCGUUUCAGCGGGUGCCUGGUCCCCGCUUCCUUGUUGUUGGGGCACAGAACCACUGGGGACGCAUGUCGGCCCCGAGGAGAGCACCCUCCGAUGAGCAGCCGGGGGUCCAGGACGUGUGGGGCCUUCAUGGUCCCUGCGGUCUGUGAGGCCCGGGAACCGGGAGCAGGCUGUACCCUCUGGUGUUGCACCCCCAGUUCUUCCAUCUGCGAGUCCCGCCCAUGAGUUCAGAGCUGCCAGGCCGCCCACCCAGAGCCGCGUGUGCCUCCCACCGCCCCCUCGGCCUGUGUGACAGCGCCAGGGCCCGGCA